AUGCAACACUCAGCCGCCGACGCGGAUCCCAGGCAGCAAUUGCUGGCCAAGCUGGUGGAAGUCGCCGAAGUUCUACGCGGCUUUAUCAGAACGAAGAUCCACGCAGAGAGGAGGAAGAACAGCCACUGCUGGUGGCAUUACCCGCUGUGGAUCAUGGCAUCUGGCGUUGGGGUUGGGUUUGGCUGCAGCGCGUUUUCUGCGCUUUACGCGGCGCCGGGGGCCCGCGAGAUCCUGCCGGGCUUGUGCAGGGCCAUGUGCGGACUCGACUCCUCCGCGGAAGCUCCCAUCAUCAGCCAGUCAAGCACUCCACCGGCUGGCGAAUCCUCUCAACGCUGGAGGGUACCGCAACCCGACUUCUUUAUGCCCAUGCUCCAGUGGCUGGGCCCCUUGCUCGACCCCGACCCCGACUACGAAACCACCAUGGAGAUGGAUGAGAUGCUCUGGGAGGACAUGAAAAGCCUGCAUCUAUACACGAUGCUCCUCGAAGAGAAGCUGAUCGAACGCGUCCGGUUCGCCAGGCCUAAAAAGGGCCCAAUCGAUUGGUUUGGCAACGAGGAGGGGAGCCCCAUACUCGAAAGGAUGGAUCUACACCGAAAGAAGAUAGAGGAACAUCGAGAGAAGAUACAACAAGUGCACGAUUCGAACAUGAAGAAGAUGGGCGUGGACAUCCAACAGAUGAUACAGGAGAUGGACGACCACCUGCGAGAAAUUGAAGAAAGCCGAAAUCAAAAGGCAGGAGUCUAA